AUGACAUCCAUCACGCCUGUCAUGUCGUCAGAUGGCAUCCUCACAAUCACUGUGACCAAGAAGGUAUUGAGACUGAAACACAACAGAAGACGACUGUCAUCCCCAUUAGCGUCAAGGAAACGCACAAUGCAGAAGUUCACAGCUCAACUUCCUCGACGACCUCGGGAGUUUCUGAGGAAGCGGCGUCUGGCCAGAACGUCCCACACAGCCCAACAGGAGGAACGCAAAUCCGCACGAUGCCAUCAGGAGAAGAUCGACGAGAACAAGACCCAAACUGCAGCUUCCAGUAUCUCAAGCAACACCCAACAAUCAUCACAGAAGCAGUCGUCUGUGAUCUCAGAUUUCGCUUCCACAAGAAUUUCCGACUCGCUGGAAGCAAAGGAAACUCUUGGCAGUUCGCAAGACGAUUCCUUGGCCAUCGCGAGGAGAGGAAGCUUCUUGCAAGACUCGUUCUUCUCCGACAUUCGCCGAGACUUCGACGCCUCCGUCAGGGAAAUCUUGAAGAAAUGCGACGACUCCGACCUCACGCUGACAGGCGAUGUCAGUCACAGUGACAUCCUGAGCCGCUACAGGCAGCUUCGAUCUCGAAACAUGAGGGAAGAGAACCAGGCCUUCUGCGUCUCGUCAGACAGUGCCAGCCUCAAGAUCGUGCUGGACGUGCAUGACUUCAUGCGCGGAGACGUCAAGGUGAAAGUCGUCGACGAGGAGCUGGUGGUGGAAGGGCGCGCGGAGGAGGAGGAAGGAGGGUCGUCCGUCUCGACACGGUCCUUCAGACGCCGCUUUGCCCUGCCUCACAGCACUGACAUGACACGCAUCACUUCUGUCAUGUCUUCGGAUGGCAUCCUCACAAUAACUGCUCUCAAAACGGCAGGAGAACCUCAGGAAAACUCACUCGUUAACUUCUCCGCGACCGAGGAAAGAAAGGAAUCAACAGCUCAAGACUCAACACCCGAAGCAGUUUCGUCCACGACGGAGAAAAAUAUCUCUGUUCACGAGAAUCUUGUUAAUGUGGAUCAGAUGGAGUUUGGGUGUGAACGAAAACACUCUUACGAGAACAAGACGAGAAAGCUGAAGAAAGAAUUCGAAUUUCCUGCUGAAUCCAAGGAAGUUUUGAAGUCCAAGAUCUGCCAAAAUCCGUCUGUGGAUGAGUCUACAACUGCUUCUGUUCGUGGAGACGUUGCCAAUAUUCAGGAUCAUGAACUCAUGCGAUUGGCUGAAACUCUUGAAUCGACAGUCGUUGAAAAAGCCUCUUAUGAUGAUUCAGUUUCUGAACAACAGGAACAAGCAACUGUGCAAUCAGAAUCUGAUUCGACUGAAGCCAUCAAACUGGGCGAGGAAAUCUUGCCCAUCGUUCGAAGGGGAAGCUUCGUCCAGGACUCCUCUUCCUCGAUGUCCGCCAAGAAUUCGACGCUGCCAUCAGAGAGGUCCUGAGGAAGUGGGUCAGCGAAGACA